AUGACAGGCGUUGACGUGUUGGGUUUGAAAGAUCCAAACCCCGGUCUUUCCUACAAGACGUCUCAUGCGCACCCUUACCCCUCGUCCCUCUCCUCCGCAUCUUCCUCGGCUUCGUCCGUCUUCUCGUUAGACGCCAUCUCCUCUCAGGGAUCCGUCUCGUCCGCCGCGACGAAUCCGGCCGAUGUGAUCUGGGAGAAUGACGCGGAAUACCCUCGGUCGACGCGGGCCUGCUUGCGAGGUCCCCCCGUCAAGCCCGCCGACGCCGCGGUGCCCCCGGAGUUGCGCAGGCAUCCCCGGCGCACCAACAGCCACGUCGUUCAGUCCAACGGCACGGCCUGUACCCGGCCCCCGCCCUGUCUGCUUCGCCAGUCCGAGCGGAAGGUCAACUUUGUCGACAACCUCGUCGAUACUGCGUCCCAGAUUGUGGAAAUCAUCUGGCCCCUCUCCGCCGUAGCCCACAAGAGUGACUCCGCCACGGGCUGCAAAGGGGUCCUACCCCUGCGCACCUUCAUCCAGGAGACGCUCCGCCGCUCGCGGACGAGCUAUAGCACGCUGCAGGUCGCCCUGUACUACUUGAUCAAGAUCAAGCCACACGUGCCUUCCCACGAUCUGACGCAGGAUCAGUCCCGCACGAAACCGGGCUGUCGUGCCAUGCAAUGUGGCCGCCGCAUGUUUCUGUCGGCUCUCAUCCUGGCCUCCAAAUACCUCCAGGACCGCAACUACUCGGCCCGCGCGUGGAGCAAGAUCUCCGGUCUCAACACCGUAGAAAUCAACCAGAACGAGUUGAUGUUCCUCAAGGCGGUGGACUGGAAGCUGCACAUCCCGGAAUCCACCUUCCAGCGCUGGACCGACAUUGUGCUGAAGUACACGCCCGGUGCCGGUGGUCUGCCGACCGAGGGCCAGAGCUGGCGCACGGUCAUUCCGAGACUGACCCCUGACUUGGAGGAGGUCGACCUCGUGGAGCCGCUGACUCCGAUGAGUAUGGGCGGAUUUGACAGCCGCGCGCCGUCGGAUUCACCGUCUCCCCGCAGUGUCUCCCCGAAGACGACCGAAGUCUGCAGUCUGCCCUCGGUCUCGGAGUUGAUGUCGUCGUAUCGGCCGACGCCCGCUCUGGCCGAGCGAUCGACUCGCGUCGACAGUUUCAACCCAUCCCUGCCGUCGAUGCCCCGGCCGCCGAUGCUGCCCACGCCGCAGUUGACGCCCCAGUCGACCAUGGUCUCCACUCCUGCUGCGAGUGGCGGUCCCUUCUCGUCGCACCGGCGUCACCUGUGUGCUGCCAUGUCGCAGGUGCAGAACAUGUGCAUGGCGCGGUCCACCCUGGACCAGCGCCCGUCACUCCCGUUCUGCCCCAAGACGAGCAGCAGCAUGGACAGCUAUCCGACGAUGCGCCGGUCGUCUCUGGCACGCUCGACCUCGUCGGCCUCGUCUCCGGACUCGAUGAUCUCGGACGUGUCGACCCUUUCAUCGCAGUCGUCGACCGCCUCGGGUCCCACCGGCAUGCCUCGUCUGGCUGUCCAGGCGACGCUCCGGUGCACGAACAACUCGAUGAAGGAGAACCGCAAGCCGGUGACGGUGGCGUCUCCCAUCGACGAGGUCUCGUUCGGCGAUCUGUACAAUUCCCCCGAGUCGUAUGCGACCGGUGCGGUGCCCGACCUGUCGAGCUUCUCGCUGGGCACGCCGGUGGACGCGUCUUCCACGCAUGAAGCCGCGCAGAGUCUCUGUGCCCUGUCCGGCGCCGGCUCGAAGGCCCAGCAGCGUCCCUGCCGCAAGCGUGGCCGUACGGGGUCGGACGACUUCACCCUGCAGGGCCAUGUCCGUCACCUGAUGCAUGCCAACACCUUCAGCGAAGGGAUGGUCCUGCCGGAUGGUAACACCGCCGAUCGGUUCCUGCAGUCUCAGGGCUCGCAGCCCUCGACUUUGACGACGAUGGCCCAGCUGCGCUCGUUCAACUUCCAGGCGCCCCUCUCCGGGCCGACUGGCAUGAAGCGGGCCUGCUGCGGCAGCGAAGCGCGGAAGAUCGCGCUGAAUCCCAACCUACGUGCGGACUACCUUGGGUAG